UACCCCGCCCCGCGUGCCGGUCUAGUACAAGCAGCGGCAUGCGUUGUUAAAACUGGGGUUGUGCUACGAUCGUCGGAAACAAGGAUGCACGCUUGCAUGUGAAACCUCGGAGCGCCGUUUACCUUCUUGCUUUUUGACUGGCGCUUCGUAUUAAACCGAGAGCAUAUCCCAACGGCAGCUUGCAAGCUGCCGUUUUGUCUCACGGCUUCCGAUGCGAUAGUCGUUGCGCACCGCUUUGCGGCCUUUCCCUCCCUGCCUUCGCCACAUGAGCAAGUCAUGUGGCACGGCGGCGGAUACAUGCUCCGAUCAUGGCCUCUCGCCCCUUCGCCACUCCCGCCGCGUCUGUGCGCCGGUUCUACGAUAGCGACACUGGGCGAUACGUGACUUGGUCUGAAAGGAACCGAGUAUAUGUGGACGACCGGGGGCAGGUAGUACCGUCGGGGCGGGUCCGCGAAGUCGCGCCACAAACCACCCAGAAUGUCGGCGGUCGCGACGAAGCUUCGCGAUCCGCUCCGCGCCGCGCUGGAGACGAUCAACCACGCCAAGGCACCUCGAAUGACAAGGGAAAACAGCCUGCGCGACAGGAUGAACGACACAGCGAUCCACGCCAGCCGCCUGCAAACAGUGAAUCGCGGCGGGAGAGAAAUACUAACCAGUCCUCUCAGAAUGUUGUAAAGAGCAAAAGCGCCGGGAGGAAUGAGAAAGAGUCGUCAGGCCGUGAACGCAGUGGUCCUGAACAAGCAAAUCGACGUCCUUCUGAUGACAGAGUCGCCCGGCAGGCAGCUCAGUCGACCGGUCAGCAGCGGUCGGAUCAAGACUCCAGGAUAGGCAACGUCGUUUCCAGCAACACAGUUGCAUCGAAUAAUCCACAGCAACCAGUGGUUCGAUUUCAAUCUCCAAACACCGCCGCCGACUCUACUCGCACCCCUCUCUCAAGCAUCCUGUCCGGUGACAGUAGGCCGAGAGUGUUCACGGCAACGGAUCCGGUGACUGGUGCGAUCACUUACUGGGAAGUGACCGCCUAUCAACUCUCCGACAACACAACCGGCUCUCAACGCUCUUUCAAACGUAUUCGCGCAUCCAAUGGCAAUACUCCGCCAAACAGAACUAGAGGCCAACGGGAUGCUCGAACACUCGAGGCCAAUUUUGCUCCUGGCACGGUCGUCGAGGCCAAGGUAGUCACGCCGCCCCAUCCCGCUUUGUCCACUGUAACGCGCUUCACCCCUAUUCCCAACCCGAGUCAGAGCCUUUUGCGGUCGCGAUACUUUGUCAUCGUCGAGCAACGCCGAGACAGUUUCCUAGCCGUCGCCAUAAAAACAUACAGCUUCCAAGGGGUAGCCGCCGAAGGCGUCACCAAAGCUCAUCACGCGAUCAUCUACACGCAGAGCGGCAAACACAAGCAAAGAGGUCCCCACCCCGGUGGCCCUCCAGAACCGACCCCCGCAGAGAUGCCUAGGCAAUUGCCUGGAGGCCAUCUUGAGAGCGGCAUGCAAAACCCGCCCAUUCGGGUGAAACAAGUGGAUCUCACCAAAAAACUCGACCCAAUGUCUCGCGUUGAUUACACCGAUCGAUGGGAAUUCGACUACGGUGUUUCCCACAUCAGAGUAUGGGGACAAGUGCACAGGGAUUCUCGCGCCGAGUUUCGCCUGCAGUAUGAGGGCGUCUGGGCCGCAAUCUACCGCUCGGCGACAGGGCCUAUGCCUCCACUUCCAGGGAGCAUAACACUUCCGCUGAGGCAGUAUCCUGGCGGAGGCGCUGGAAUACACGAUCAACGAGGACCAGGCACAGGAAAGUCUGCACGAAGCAAUGCAGUCGCUGCGCCCUCGAGGGACCCUCGCACUUCAGCUCCUCGCACUCCAGCUGCUGCAGUCAGCGGUACUCCAGCCUUCCAAGUCCCGAUCCACGCGCGACCAAACUCAGGACCAAUCACGGAAAAGCAGUGCACCGCUCUCCUGCAGCAAUAUAGAGACCAUGCGGUGAUGGUGGGUUUUACGCCGCCUUCCGCAGCCAGUGCGACCAUUCAGCAACUCGCGAGCGAUUCGCGAGCCCGCGCGAACUUCCUUACGCAGGUCAUGGACUGGUGGCAUCAAGAAGCGGUACAACGGCAAGCAAGGCAACAGCCCGCACUGAAUACAGAAGCAGUACAGCGACAAAUAAGACCGCAGCCGCUGCCUGCUCGCCAAGGCCGUGGGAUCAGCAGUUCAGAGUCGAGCGAGUACACCGAUGAUGAGGACGAAGAGUACUACCACGAUCGCCCUUCGAAGAAGUGAGAUUGAUUAUGCUCUUCACACCCUCGACUAGGUAUACCAGUCUGGCGUGGAGACUCCUCCACAUUUUUCGACCUUCCAACCAAAAUACGCAACAGUCCGGUCGAUAAAGGGAGCACAAGUG